AUGCCUUCCUUCACCCUCAAGACCUUCGCCACCGCCCUGGUCGGCGCCGCCUCCGUCUCUGCCCACGGUCACGUCACCAUGGUCACUGUUAACGGCAAGAACUUCACGGGCUUCAACCCCUUCAUGGGUGGCAUCAACGCCAACACCCUGACCGCCACGACCGUCGGCUGGGGCACGACCUUGUCCAACAACGGCUUCGUGCCCGCGGGCUCGUUAGGCACCUCCGACAUUGCCUGCGGCAACAACUCCCAGGCCGCCCCGGGCUCGGUCACACUGGCGGCUGGUGACACCAUGACCCUCCAGUGGGACCAAUGGGACUUCACAAGCCACAAGGGCCCCAUCAUCAACUACCUCGCCAACUGCGGCGACGCCGGGUGCGCCAAGGCCGAAGCUGGCUCGCUCGAGUUCUUCAAGAUCAGCCAGGACGGUCUGAACAACGGCGUCUGGGCCACGGACACCUUCCACAACAAUGGCCUCAAGGCCAACGUCACCAUCGACCGUAACAUUGCCCCGGGCAACUACGCCCUCCGCCACGAGAUCAUCGCCCUCCACGCGGCUGAAAACGUGGGCGGUGCCCAGUUUUACCCCCAGUGCAUCAACCUCAUAGUCACCGGUGGCGGCUCGGAAAAGCCCGCCAGCACCACCAAGGCCGCGGCUCUCUACAAGGAGACCGACGCGGGUAUCCAUGUUGACAUUUACAACGGCCUCAAGGUCUACCCCUUCCCCGGUCCCGCCAUCGCCAUUGGUGCCGGUGCUACCGGUGGCAGCGGCAACAGCAGCAGCAAGAGCGCCGCCACCACAGACAACUGCAACGUGUCCAAGCGUGAGGCCCGCAAGAGCCGCCGCGAAGCUGCCCGUCUGUCUGCCCGUACGGCCGAGGUCCUCGCCCAGGAUGAGUAA